AUGCUGCUCGACCACGGCGUAGACGUCAAUAUUGAGGGCGGAAUAUUCGGUAGCGCGCUCCAGGCCGCAUCCUAUGGUGGCCAAGAAAAUUUGGUGCAGAUUCUGCUCCAUUGUGGUACCAAAGCCAACUCCCAGGGCGGAAGAUUCGGUAGCGCACUAGAGGUCGCGUCUUCUGGUGGCCACGAAAAAGUAGUGCAAAUAUUGUUGGAUUAUAAUGCUGACGUCAACGCGGAUGACGGACCAUACGGCGGUGCACUCCCGGCCGCAUCUUCUAGAGGCCACGAAAAAGUGGUACAAAUACUGCUGGAUCAUGGUGCUGACAUCAACGCCGAGGGCGGAUUUGACGGUAACGCACUCCAGGCUGCAUUUUCUAAAGGCCAUGAAAAGGUGGUGCAGAUACUGCUAGAUCGCGGUGCCAGUAGUCAACUCUGA